UAUCCCUGAGUCACUGCUUUCACUUUUGUUCUUAUAUAAUGCUCAGAGCGUUAGGUUCACAUUAGUUUUAAUGCGCUUGAAAGAAGAGACACGAUGCUGGAUUACUUAGUUGUCUUAAACCUGCUUACAUUAGUUUGCUCCGCGGGGAUAGUGAGUGAUGAGCGCGUGGAGGCGUCGCUCGGGGAGGACGCGACGUUAACGUGUGCGCUUCCUGGCGCUGACGGAGUGAAGCAGGUCAUAUGGCAGAGAAGAGAAGGAGAAACGCUGCGAAGCAUAGUGUCGUUCACCGAGCGCUCGAAACCCCACGUGGACGACGCGUUCGCGGGCAAAGUUAACGUCACCGUGGCGUCAAUACAACGGACAACUAUCGUGAUCAAGAACGUGACUUUCGCGGAUGAAGCCUGCUAUGUCUGCACCUUCAGUGUGUACCCGUCCGGAACCGAGAGGAAGACAGCAUGUCUGACUGUCCAAGGUUUAUCAAAAAUAUCAUCACAAGUUCUAAGUAAAUCUAAGGAGGAGGACACUGUUGUCUCUUGCUCAGCCACUGGGAAACCUACCCCAGUGAUCAGUUGGUGGUCUGAAGAGAAUGAACCGAGCAAUUACUCAUCAAACACAGAUACAGAACAGAAUGAGGACGGCACGGUCACAACUACAAGCAAUCUCACAAUUCCACAGUCACAAUUCAGUAAAAAAGUAAAAUGUGUGGCUAAAAGUGGCAGUAUAGAAUGGAGUGAAAACAUUUCUGUGGAGAAACAGAUGGAUGGAGAGUCUCCAACUGCAUCCAGAUAUUAUGUCUGUUCUGUUAUCGUCGUAAUCAUCUGUGUUGUUCUUGCCAGUUGUAUUGGUUUUCUUUUUCACCAGAGGAGGAAAAAAAAUCCAAAACACCUUAUUGAAGAUGUUUGAUAUAUAUGGACAAAGUAUUCUUCAGUAUAGUAAUGCAGUCUGGAACAGAUUGUAUACCACUUUGGACUUUGAAGCUUUCCCACAUUCCCAAACUUUUUGUCAACCUGUCUGAAACCGAAAUUUUAGACAGUUCUAAUAGUACCUUUUAAAAUUUCCUCUUUAGUAGUUUAGUGAUUUCUUCCCCUGCUGAUUCCUAUUAAACUGUGACAUAACAUAAUAAACUGUGAUGACCACCUCCUCUUUCUAGGACCAAAUGUGGGAAAGCGGGAAAGCCCCUUUAAAAGCACUUUAUAAAAAAGAAAGCAUUCAGUAUGCAUGUUUGUUUACAGAUGAUUAUUUUUGUUGGUAAAUUAUUAUUUAAAUGUAUUUAAGUCUAAAUUUAUUUAAAUAAAUAAAGCUUGUUGUUAAUGUUUGUAA